AUGAUGCUCAACUCGGACACCAUGGAGCUGGACCUGCCCCCCACCCACUCGGAGACCGAAUCAGGCUUCAGCGACUGUGGGGGCGGGGCGGGCCCUGAUGGGGCUGGGCCCGGAGGUGCUGGAGGGGGCCCAGCGCGGGUCCUGGAGCCAGGAGAGCCAGGCCGAAGAGAUCUGGCCCACCUGAGCCGGGAGGAGCGGAGGCGCAGGCGCAGGGCCACGGCCAAGUACCGCACAGCACACGCCACGCGCGAGCGCAUCCGCGUGGAGGCCUUCAACCUGGCCUUCGCAGAGCUGCGCAAGCUGCUGCCCACACUGCCCCCAGACAAGAAGCUCUCCAAGAUCGAGAUCCUGCGCCUGGCCAUCUGCUACAUCUCUUACCUGAACCACGUGCUGGACGUCUGA